UGCGCUGGCCAGCCGCGUACACACACAGACAUCAUGGCGGACGUGUUGGACCUUCAUGAAGCGGGAGGCGAGGACUUUCCUAUGGAUGAGGAUGGUGACGAGAGCAUCCACAAGCUGAAGGAGAAAGCCAAGAAGAGGAAAGGACGAGGCUUUGGUUCAGAGGAAGGAGCCAGGUCCAGAAUCAAAGAUGAUGCCUAUGAUACUGUGGAGCAGGACGGGGACGAGCCAGGCCCUCAGAGAUCUGUGGAGGGCUGGAUCCUGUUUGUGACCGGUGUACAUGAAGAGGCCACAGAGGAAGACAUCCAUGACAAGUUUUCAGAGUUUGGAGAAAUUAAGAACCUGCAUCUCAACCUUGACCGCAGAACAGGCUACCUCAAGGGAUAUGCACUGGUGGAGUAUGAGACAUACAAAGAGGCCCAGGCAGCCAUGGAAGGGCUCAACGGUCAGGACAUGAUGGGUCAGCCUAUCAGUGUUGACUGGGGAUUUGUCAGAGGGCCUCCCAAGAACAAGAGGAGGACUGGCGGACGAAGACGCAGCAGAAGUCCAGACAGGAGGCGGCGUUGAGUUAGGCAGUGGAGGUGUCUUGUCCUUUGACAGGCGGUUAUGACCCUUCUCGUCUUCUCAUAAGAAACACGUUUUUGUACAAUAUUUUUGAGACAGUUGUUUGGUAUCUAGUUGUGCAAUUUCAAAUAUUGUAAUGGGGAAUUUCUCUUUUUAAAGAGACAAAUUAACAAAAUAUUUGGGCCUAACAGCAGCAUUUUAAUUUGUCUGUAAAUUGCUUAUGCUGCUUCACAGUGCAACAGACGGACAUCCAUUCAGCUGUCAGUGAAAUUAUGAUUUUACAUUCAACACCUUAGAGGUAGUGUGUGUUCAUGAUUCCCUCAAAAUGUUGUUUCAGUUUUCUCAAUGUUACGUGCAUUUUUUUGCUGUGUUUUGUUUUAUAUUGCUUGGGGAAAAUUAAACUUUUUAAAAGGUA